CUCUUUUCCUUUCUUCAUCUUGUGAAUCAACAGAUCUAUGCAGUUUCCAUCACAAUCCAUAUAGUGCUUGGAUUUAUGCUCAUUGCAUUGAUCUGGCAAUACGAUUUCUCUCCCUUCACGGUUCUUAUCAUUGCCAUUCUCAAUGACGGUACUAUCAUGACCAUCUCUAAGGACAGAGUUAAGCCAUCUCCGUUGCCCGACAGUUGGAAGCUGAAGGAGAUCUUUGUUACGGGCAUCGUGUAGCUUGGAAGCUACCUUGCUCUGAUGACUGUCAUUUUCUUCUGGGCUAUGCACAAGACCGACUUCUUCUCGAUAAAAAUACUCCCUAGCACUUUGCAUCGAUCGGUAGAGGACAGCGAGCAUAAGAUGAUGUCCGCCCUGUACCUCCAAGUGAGUAUCGUGAGCCAGGCUCUGAUCUUCGUCACCCGUUCCCGUAGCUGGUCCUUCGUGGAGCGCCCUGGUCUGCUCCUGGUCACCGCGUUCCUGCUCGCUCAACUUGUUGCGACCUUCCUCGCUGUCUACGCCAACUGGGGCUUCGCCAGGAUCAAGGGUAUCGGCUGGGCUGGUGUUGUCUGGCUCUACAGCAUCGUCUUCUACUUCCCCCUGGACCUGAUCAAGUUCUUCAUCCGCUUCGUGCUCAGCGGCAGGGCAUGGGACAACCUCCUCGAGAACAAGGUAGGAUUACCGGCCGCCUUCACCACCAAGAAGGACUACGGGCGGGGAGAGAGGGAGGCGCAGUGGGCCACCGCGCAAAGGACGCUGCACGGGCUCCAGCCGCCGGAGGCUUCCUCCAACACGCUGUUCAACGACAAGAGCAGCUACCGCGAGCUGUCCGAGAUCGCCGAGCAGGCCAAGAGACGAGCUGAGAUCGCGAGGCUGAGGGAGCUCAACACCCUCAAGGGCCACGUGGAGUCGGUGGUCAAGCUCAAGGGCCUGGACAUCGACACCAUCCAGCAUAACUACACGGUGUGAGAGCCCCUCUGCUGCGAUGUCGA